UUGAAUAAACACAACGCACGGCAAUUUAGCAUUUAUUCAAUUUGUUUUAAUAUUUGAAAAGAAAACGAAAAUAGAAUAUUAAAUAAUUUGCAUAAUGGCGCGUGGCAAGAAACAAAAUCCGUUUGCAGCUAGAAAACGGCAAAAGCGUGCAAAUGGUGCUCCAGAGCGUCCCGAUCGUCGUGCCGAGCCUUAUAAGGAAAUUGAGCGUGAUAAUGCGUCGUUCAUUAAAUACUAUCACCUGCAGAAUAUCUGCGCCAACGAGGAGGAGUGGACACAGUUUUUGGCCAGCAUACGCGACAAUUUGCCGACCACAUUCCGUGUGACAGGCUUCAAGGAUGAGGCGAAGGCGCUGUUGAAUAUAAUAAAGACGCAAUUGUUUACCGAAUAUGUGCGCGCUGUCGCUGAGCUGCACGAGCUGCCCGCGGAACAGGUGGAACGUCCACUAUGCCUGCCCUGGUAUCCCAAUGGCUUGGCCUAUCAAUUGCAUUUGACACGCAAGGAUAUCCGUCGCUCGGAGCCGCUCUUUCGGCUGCACAACUUUCUCAUUGUUGAGACGAAAGCGGGCAGCAUAAGUCGCCAGGAGGCGGUGUCCAUGAUACCGCCACUAGUGCUAGAUGUGCAGCCCACGGACAAGGUGCUGGACAUGUGCGCGGCGCCCGGUUCAAAGACAGCACAGCUAAUUGAGGCGCUGCAUGCGGCGCCCGAACAGCACAAAAUACCGCCGGGCUUUGUGCUGGCCAACGAUGUGGACAACAAUCGCUGCUAUAUGCUCGUGCAUCAGGCCAAACGGCUCAACUCGCCCUGUCUGCUGGUGACCAAUCACGACAGCAGCUUCUUUCCAAACCUGCUGCAGACCGAUGCCGCCACCGGCAGCAAAUCCAUACUCAAGUUCGACAAGAUACUGUGCGAUGUGCCCUGCUCGGGCGAUGGCACGCUGCGCAAGAAUCCCGAUAUCUGGAUGAAAUGGAAUCUGGCGCAGGCAUACAAUCUGCAUGGUGUCCAGUAUCGGAUUGUCCGGCGCGGUGCCGAGAUGUUAGCGGUUGGCGGGCGUCUGGUCUACUCCACAUGCUCGCUAAAUCCCAUUGAGAAUGAGGCGGUGCUUCAGCGCAUCAUUAAGGAUGCGGAUGGCGCACUGGAGCUGGUCGAUGCUGCGCAUCUAGUGCCUGGCCUCAAACACAAACCGGGCAUGACCAACUGGAAGCUGGCCACCAAAGAGGUGGAUGCCGUCUAUAGCAAUUUUGAUGAGGUGCCCGAGCAGCUGCACACGAUAAUACGCCCGGCAAUGUUCCCGCUGCCCGCCGAAGAAUUGGCCACAAUUGGCCUGGAAAAGUGUAUGCGUGUGCUGCCACAUUUGCAGGACAGCGGUGGCUUCUUUGUGGCCGUCAUCGAGAAGCGACGUCCAUUGAAUUUCGAGAAGAACGAUUUGCAGGAUUUGCUGCUGCAGCAGCAGGCCGAAACGGCGCCGCAGCCAGAAACACAGCUAGAUGAGGCCGGCAAGCCAGUGGAGGAGAAAUCGACGCCAUGGGGACCACAGCGCAAGCGCCGUCGCCUGCAUGGCUACAAGGAGGAUCCGUAUGUGUUCUUUGGCGAGCAGGAUGCCGACUACGAGUCCAUCCAGCAGUUCUAUCAGCUGGACGAAUCGCUCAACAAACGCUGCCUGCUCACCCGUUGCCAAACGGAGCGCAAGAAGAACAUUUACUACUGCUCGGAGCCGAUACGCGAUCUGGUCGUUAACAAUGAAAAGAACAUCAAGAUCAUCAAUACGGGCGUAAAGACGUUUGUGCGCUGCGAGAAUCGCCAUACGGCGCAUCCGUAUCGCUUGGCCCAGGAGGGUCUGCAGACAUCGAAUGCGUUCAUUGGCAAUAGUCGACGCAUUCAGGUGGAGCGCGAUGAUCUGGUGCUGCUGCUCAACUGCACGGAUCCAACGAAGCCGCCGUCAACGCUUGAAUUGAAGCCGGAAACACAGCAGCGCUGCAAGGAGCUGGGCAUUGGCAGCUGCGUUCUCAAGUAUGUGGACGAGGCGUUUACCCUCUUCAUUGUUGGCUGGCGCGGCACCUCCAGCCUGCGCGCCUACGUCGAUCGCGAUGAGACGGUGCACAUUCUGCGCCUGCUUGGCGCCGAUCUAAGCAAGUUUGAGGUCAAUAAAUACGAGAAGGCCAAGGAGGCAGCUGCCGCAGCAGCUGCUGCUGCUGCAGCAGGCGAUGUUGCAGAGCAAAAGGUAGAGCUGGAGCUGCAAGAAAGCGUCGGCUCGGACAAGGACUAGCAUGUACACCUAAAAUAUUAUUAUAACGGAAUUAAACUGACCACAAUUAUUGUUUAUCAUA